AUGGAGAUUCAGACGCCGAUGUUGCACCAUAAUCCAUAUGACAUUGUGAAAAGUGAGCCGCCAUCUACACCCAAAGCUUUGAUCAAGAGUUCAUAUUUGGAAAACACACCAGAAAUGGUGUUUGGAAGUUUUCCUCUUCACUCUGGCUUUUGCACACAAGUUGUUGGUCCCGAUCCGCUGAACAAUAACAAUCAACCAAAAACAAAUGCUAAUGGGCGAGCGUUAGCGGCAGACCGCAAGCGACCGUAUCCAUGUAACCUGUGUAGUUCGAAGUUUGGAUCAAAAAUGGAGCUGGAAGAACACCAAAAUUCUCACACUGGGAUGAAACCAUUCGAAUGUGAUACUUGCAAUGCAAGGUUCAACCGACGAUCUACCCUAUGGAAUCACAAAAGAAUACACUCCGAUGCCAAGCCAUUUGUGUGUACAGUAUGCCAAAUGACGUUCAAAUGGAAGAAUAGUUUAAAGUGUCAUAAGGAUAUGCAUCAACGGAAAAAUGAGGUCUCAAGUCAUUUGGAUAACGAUCUUCGACAGCUGACAUACGCUACUGCUGCAAAGAGGAAGCUUCAGCAGGAGCAAGAAGAGAAUGGAGGUCUUCCAGCGACAUCUACAACCUCUUCUAUAUCACAUCCGCUAAUAACGACGACUUCAGGAAAUAAGAAGCGGUCCAAGGCGUUUAAGAAAAAUAACAAUAAUAACAACAACAACUCUUUGGCGGCUACUAUGAGCCAAGUUCAUCUUGGAGCAAACAUUCAGCCACUGCAGGCCAGUGCUCUUGUACCUCCAAGUGAUCAUCAGAUCGACUUAGAUACCACUUCAUUAGACUCGUUGAUGCAGAGUCAGAAUCAGAAUAUUCUUAUGCAACUUUAUGGUUACGCCGAUGACCGUCACAAUGGAGGUAUGCUUGCGCUGGACGAUACCAUGCUUUCCAACCUAAGCGACUCAAAAUCAGACUCCGGCUCUUCAUCAGGUGCCCUAAGCAUUCAACUGCAAAUGCCAAUUAAUAUGCUCAACUUCCGAGGACUUGGAGCACAACAGUUGCCACCUGUGCAUCAUCUCUCGUCCACCCAACCAUCGGUGUCUUCUGGCAUGGACUACUCCAAUGUGAACCAACACGAGUCGAGAUACAUCGUCGCUGGACAGGAGAUGAUGUUGGGACAUCCAACCUACCACAAUGGAGCAUUCGCCUCUUCCGAGAAGAAUGGUCAAUCUCACAACAACCAAUUUGCCAUUGACAACUGCGUGUUGCUUCCAUCCUCAAGACAAGACUACCAGCCAUUUGAGUACAUGAUCAAUCAACCAUAUGGAAUAAUGUCCGAGCAAGUUCAUGAGCAAGCCGUCCCUGCACAGCAGCAACAGCAGCAGCAACCACAACACUAUCCAGAAGCAGUUCAUGCGCACGGAAAGACAGUACCACACGAGCAGUGGUAA